AUGGCAUCGAUUUUCACAUAUGAACCUGAACCUCAAAGGGUAGAAUCGCCAUGGUUGACUCCUACAGAUUCUCCCAAACCAUCUACACCUCAGCCAUACCUAAAAGCUCUACGCGAACCCUCCGGGUCAAGUCAUAUUUCGGAAUAUGGAGUUACGAAAUUGGAGGCAGAGCCACAAGAAGGUCCUACAGAAUACAAACUGCAUCUUUUGUUAAGACCAAGGAGAGCAUAUAGCUCCUCGAGUACUGGUUCAAUAAUAUCCGGUUCUCAGCAGCACAAACAGCAACCUCUUAAUCAGGAGAAAGCGAGCCCUAUAUUGGCACCAUCCAAUCACAGCAAACAAAAACGUCUAGAGCAGCUUACGACCCAAUUGCUGUGGCGUUUACAGCAGUCGUCUCCAUAUCAUGCAUCUUCUACAAGUGAUCUUGUGUUACCAAAAUUGCCUGGCAGUGCAACGAGCUUGGAUGCUCACUCAAGACCUGGGAAGCUUUUGGCUGGACUUGAGGAAAGCCGUGGAGCAUUAUACGAAAUUGGUGUCUCUGAUGAUGGAACUUUCGUUGGCCUGACAAUUGAUGAACUAGACGAGAGUUUGAUAAAUUUACGAGCUAUGGCGGCUAGUCUUGGGUGCAAUGUCGAAAUUGUUCGAAAAGUAGUUGUUGGGGACUGUGAGUGGCAAGAGACAGAUGAAGCCAUACGAUCUCAAAUUCCUCAGCGGAUCAAGAAACAAAAACCAUGGCUGGUCCCUGGAGACCAAGCGACAUCAACAAAUCUCCGGCACCGAGAGAAAUUGUGGGUCGCCGAAGCUCUUAUAACUCCAGAUCUCAGUUCGAAACGAGCAAAGUCAAUACCUUAUGAUGAAGCUCCUGUCAGUCGCCAUGAUACUCCACAGCCUACGAUAAACGAGGCUAUUGAAGAAGCCCCUCUUCUACAAGAGGAUACCACUGAGCAGUUACGCAUCACCCUCACCGGUCCCACUACAUCUGGUAAAUCAAGUCUUCUAGGUACUUUGUCUACCACAACAUUUGAUAAUGGUAGAGGCAAAAGUAGACUCAGCCUACUCAAGCAUCGUCAUGAAAUUGCCACAGGGAUCACAAGUUCCGUGGCGCAGGAAUUAAUUGGUUAUAAGGGCUCACAAGUUGUAAAUUAUGCUUCUGGCAAUGUCACGUCCUGGACAGAUAUCCAUGCUACAGCAGAAGAUGGUCGGCUACUAUUUGUCUCUGAUUCUGCCGGUCAUCCAAGAUAUCGUAGGACAACAGUGCGAGGCUUAGUUGGUUGGGCACCACAUUGGACUGUUCUAUGCGUCGCAGCCGACGACACCGGUUCAAACGGGGUCGGGAGCACUUCUUCAGCAGCAGAAAUACUUGGCACAGCUGGGGCAGGAACUGAUCUAGCAAAGGCACAUCUAGAGCUCUGCUUGAAAUUAGACAAACCUUUGGCUAUCGUGAUCACUAAGCUUGAUCUGGCUUCAAAACCUAGUCUGACUCAAACAUUGUCUAAACUUCUGUCCGCUAUCAAAGCGACAGGGAGAACUCCUUCCAUCCUUCCACCAGAUCCAACUAAAACUAUCAUUGGUGCCGAUCUUACUAGUAUACUUCCUAAAGACACUGAUACUGUUCGAAAGGUCAUCAAUACAAUGGCAAUGUCAGACCUCAGGUCAAUCGUUCCUAUCAUUCUUACAAGUGCAGCAAAAGGGAGCGGUAUUCGUCAACUUCAUGCACUUCUACAAGCCUUGCCAAUUCCUACUCCGCCAUCGCCUCAUGACUAUAUCGGGAUGGCACUUAAUCCAGAACAGCCUUCGUGUCUAUUCCACAUUGAAGACGUAUUCGGAGUACCAGCUUCAUACGAUUCUUUGACUUCAAAAAACAAUGGUAUAGAUGCGGGAAGUGUAGUUGCCGGUCAUCUUCGUUUCGGUAGACUCUCAAUUGGAGAUAGUAUCGUCAUUGGCCCAUUUCCAGCAGAGCCCGAUGACGAUUGCUCCCCACAGUCUGGCCCAAGCUUUUCACCUGCUAGUCUUGGUACCUCUCUCACACAUCCCUCAGCAAUCGAACUUGCCAAAAUAGCCUCACGGACUACACCCGCCGCUUCCGUCACUAAAGGUGAAUGGCACAAUGCGCACAUAGUCAGUAUUCGCAAUCUCCGCCUCCCAGUCCACACCAUCGAAGCUGGUCAAGUAGGCACGAUAGGAAUUGUAUUCGACCUACCUGAAACUAACGAAGAACACUCGAAUGAUGUAUUUGAACGCUCUUCACUAUCCGCUCCUCGAAUUCGCAAAGGAAUGGUUAUGGCGAUACCAAGUAAACAUAUGCUCCAAACACAUCAUUCACUUCAGGCAGCUAGCGGUUUCACCGCAUCAUUUGAUGACGGCGAUAUCAAUUCUGUCACUCCAGGCACAGUAGUGGUAGUUUACAUAGCCAGUAUCCGCGCCUCAGCCCGCGUCCUCAAACUAAAUUCAAAUCUUCCUGCUAACGAUAUACACGCGGACACGGGAGCAGAAGACGUGGAUGAUGUUUUUGGACUGGGGCUACUAGAUGGUGGAGAUGUAUUUGAUUCAGAUGAGAAAACAAAAGAUGAACCGUUCAUCUUUGGGACGGAUGGAAUAACAGAUGUUAGUUUUGAAUUGUUGACGUGUAGGGAAUGGAUAGAGCUGGGAAGUCAGGUUUUGGUUAUGCCUGGGGGCGGCCAUGGGUUGUAUGCGGGAAGUGAGAGGGGGGAGAAGGGGGUCGCUGGAUUAGAGGGGUUUGUGGGGAGGGUCGGGGAAGUUGUUGAUUAA